ACCAGCAAUGGAGAAAUCAUAAAAGAGCUGUGCAGAUAAGGCAAGCUCACCUUGACGCAUCACUCGAGCUGCCCUAUAAAAGAAACGGACACACCUUGAGAUCCGAUCAAAUCGUACCGAAAUGUCACGUCCGAUCGUUGUUCUUGCGCUCGCGAUUCUUGGCCUCCUGCAGACGGUUGCUGCCAUCGACCUAUCACAGACGAAGAAUGUCCAGAUUGACUUCAUCGAGAAGGAUAUUGUGCCAAAAACGGCGCUGAAAAAUCUUCUCCCCGAGACAUAUGCUGCCACUGGAUUCAUCGGAAAUAUUGAAAUUGGAAGAAGAUAUGCCGACGAAACAGUCUUUCGCCGAGUUAUCGUGUUUAACAAUCCAACAGACAGAAUUCAGUCAACUACCCUAACGCUGUCUGUCACUAAUGGAAUUCUUCAUUACGCUAGUGUAGUGAACGACAAUGGUAGUUACGCGGUAGCAUGCGACGAACCAACGACUUUAGGAUCAUCCAAAGGCAAGAUCAAUAUUCGCGGCGCUCCCAACACGAGAUCCUCCGUCCAAAUCAUCGCAGCAGCACAUUAAACAAUUGUAUGCGAAAAAAAAUAACCUUUAUUAUAAUUCGCGCAUUUAUAAAA